UAAACUUUGCUACUGGUUGAAGAAGUUGUUCUUGUAGCCAUCAGCCUGCGGCGAGACAGUUAGUCAGACGAGCAGGCCAUCAUCCACAGAGGUUCUAGAAAUUUGGUGAACAUCCACUCUGGGUAAACUUUUUCUCCUGUGAACAUGGAGGAUUCGUCAGAUCAGUCCCACUGGGCGUCUCCCACUCUGCUCAGCUCUGACCCCCUUGCUGGUUUCUCCUCUGAUCCGGGCCUGUUGGCUUCUGGAGAAGAAGGAGAAGCCUUUUUCUCUGGUACAGACACCGACUAUGUUGGGCUUUCCUCAUUCUUCCCUAACCCCAGCCACAGCCGAGCUCCAUCCAGCUACAGACACAGCUCUGUCCGGCAGGUGUACACCUCCCCCAGUCUUCUCAGUAAUCUCCAGCUACUGGAUGGGUCCUCCAACCACCCCCUGAGUGUACCCUACAGCUCUGCAGCACCCACCUGGAGCAGCAGUCCCCUCACCAAGACGCCACUCCACCUCCACACCCCAACCUCCCUCUACACCCCUGGGGUCUCCUCCUCCUUCACCACCUCCAGAGACGGGUACUCGUCUCCUGGAAGAGAAGGAAGAGAGAGUCCCCGUCUUCAGGAGGCCCUCAAAGCAGAGCGUCUUAGUCCCCUGGGGGGUUCAGGGGCCAGCAGCAACUUUCUAAAUCUGACUCCUGCAGCAGGGAGCAUGUACACCCAAUCAUCACACUCACAUUCACACAUGCUGAGCCCCUACAGCUCCUACAUGAGCGGGCCCCAGGAGUACAGCUCCGCAGCCCUCUACUCCGGCGCUGGAGCAUGGAUCAGCCCCUCCUAUUCGCCGAAACUUCGAAACAAGAUGAGGGCAACCACUCCAGAGGCCAGAGAGUGCGUAAAUUGCGGAGCCACUGCAACGCCUCUGUGGCGCCGCGAUGGUACAGGCCACUACCUGUGUAACGCCUGCGGACUGUACCACAAGAUGAAUGGCCAGAACCGACCCUUGAUCCGACCCAAGAAGAGACUGAUUGUGAGUAAGCGUGCUGGUACCCUCUGUGCCAACUGUCACACCAGCACAACAACACUGUGGAGGCGCAAUGCCAACGGAGAGCCCGUAUGUAACGCCUGCGGUCUCUACUUCAAACUGCACAACGUAAAUAGACCCCUCACCAUGAAGAAGGAAGGCAUCCAGACUCGCAACAGAAAAGUCUCCAGCAAGAACAAGAAGAGCAAGAAGGCGGCCUUGCUGGAACAGUACUCAGACGGGGUCCAGCCGCCCCCCCUGGAUGAUAACGGUGGGCCCUUUUCCCUCGGCCCUGGGACCCUCCUGACCUACAGCCACACACCACACCUCAUCCCAACCCCAACCCCUCUGCACCCCUCUAGCAGCCUACCCUACCAACACCAUCUCAACUCCGGCAUGGUGCCCACUCUAGUGUGAUCGAACGGCAGCUAGUGUGCUUUUUUUGGCUUUGUACAUAAAGAAUAUCCUAUGAAUGAGGAUUUUGUUUACUUUCACUGUAUUUUAUCAUAUUUUGUUGAUUAUUAUCGUGUGAGGUCUGAUUAAAACCACAUGGCACAUGUAACCCCUGCCUGCUGAUAAGAGAUUCACUCUGCUGUAAAUACAAACAAGCAUCUGAUUUUUUCCAGGUAUCUGCUUGGGGAUUGUUCACUUUCUCUCCAUAAUGUAGAGUUACAUAUUAGUUAUAAUGUCUUUGGUUCUCUGUUAUGUAUUUGCAUAGAUGAAAUAAAGUGCAGAGAGAAGAAUAAAAUGUUUGACUUAUGGCUGACUGAUGGAGGGGUUUUGUUUUAAGUCAUUUGAAUUCCCAGCUCUGUGGCCUGGCCUAAGCGUUGGCUCCUGUGUGCUGGUAUUGUACUCCUCUGCACUGGCAUAGUGGUGCCUUUGUGCAGACACUGAUCCACUUUGACAGUGUAAUUGUACAUAGCCGCUAUGCAAAUCCCCAAUUCCGCAGAAGUGACAAACACUCAACUAAAGUGAAACACUUACACCUGGUUGGACGCUUUGACCAGUAUCGCCCGUUGAGGAACAACUGGGCAUGUGUCUCACAAACACACAUCUCAUAAUAGAUACAUUUUGUUAUUUUUCUAUUCGAUGUGAUUCAUCCCUUAGAGGGUUGAAAUGUGUGAAUUAUUUUUCCUUUCUCAUAUCAUGCUUGAAAGCAAAGAGUAGACACUUUAAAGAAAAUGCUUACUAACCAGAGCUGAAAAA